UUUGCACUAUGUUUUUUGGAUGCACUAUGCGAUUUGUUUUUUAGUAUUCAUCAUACUGCACGUGUUUCUCAAAGUGACGUAUGGCCUGUAAAUAAAUAAGAACUGUUUUUCAUAUUGAAACAGCCAUAAAAACAUGUUUUAUAGGAUUUACAGUGUCACAAUGAAAUAUAGUCGAGUUACAUAAAAAAAAUUUCAACAAUGUCAUUAAGAAAAUUUAUGCAUCCAAAAAAUAAAUAUAAGAAAGUACCAGAUUUUACAAAACUUGCACUAUUAUAUCCCGAAUUUCGUAAUGUUUCGACUAUAGAUUUGACAGGCAAAGUAAAGAUUGACUUUAAAAAUGAAGACAGCCUCAGAGUCCUUACAGAGGUAUUAUUAAAGCAUGACUUUAAUCUUGAAGUAAAAAUACCUCCAAAUAAAUUAGUACCAACUUUGCCAUUACGCUUGAAUUAUAUUUUAUGGAUUGAAGACCUAAUGAAGCAUGCUUCUUUUUAUGAAAUGGAAGAAAUUGUUGGCAUAGACAUUGGUACCGGUGCAGUUUGCAUAUACCCUCUGCUGUUUGCAAAAUUAUAUGGAAAUCGAAUGAUUGGUACAGAAAUUGAUGAUACAAGUAUAGAAACAGCUAUUCGACAUAUCGAAAAUAAUAACUUGCAACAUUUAAUAAAAGUACUUAAAGUAAAUGGAGAUACAAUUCUGAAAGAUGUUAUAGAGAAAGACAAAAUCUAUCACUUUACAAUGUGUAAUCCACCCUUUUUUGAAAUGGAGGAAUCACAAGAAAAAGUACCAAAGCGUCGGCCGCCGAGAAAUGCGCCAACUGGGAAUAAAGUGGAGCUCUCUGUCCAGGGUGGUGAAAGGACAUUUGUUACACAAAUGAUCGACGAGAGUCUAGAGAUAAAAGAAAGAGUAAAAAUUUACACUACAAUGUUUGGUCGAAGAAGUAACUUGCUAUUCUUGUUAAAAUUGCUAAAAAAAAGAAACAUAGAAAACGCAACAUGGACGGAAUUUUGUCAGGGACAUACUAAGCGAUGGGGAUUGGCUUGGUCUUUUCUGCCACUGGACGUUAUUAAUUUGACAAAUGCACCUGUUAUUAGAAAAAGUGGAGAUUAUAUUGCAAAACUGUUGAAACAGCAGCGCCCAACGGAAAUACAGUUUCCUAUGCGCGAUAAAUUUUCUUCUUUCAACAACCUAGUAAAUUUCUUAGAAGAGAUAAUGGAAGAAUUACAUAUACACAUUAAUGAAUUAAACUUACCUAUCGAUGAUUUCAAUGGUUGGUCAUGCCAGUUAAUCGUGGAAAACGAUAUGUGGUCGCAUGCACGUAGAAAGCGUAGAUUAGCUCAAAGACAAAUGAACCAACAUGAAACUCAUAAUACAGUAAGCGAUGGUAUAAAGAAUCCUACAGAAAAUACAAAUGAACAAAAACAGGUUGAAUUUGCUACUAAAGAUCCUUUAUUAGUAUGUAACUUCUUUGUCGAAAUAGUAGAACAUGACGAUGAAUCUGAGAGUGACACCGCAAAGAUAUCUAUGGUGUUUGAAAAAGGAAACGGUGGCAAAAACGCUUUAGAAACGUUUAGGCAGUAUUUAAUAAAUAAAUUAAACGUGAGAGAAUAUUUACGAAAGCAAUAUACAGGACCAACUAAAAGGAAAAGAAAACGAUUAAAGAAAACUGAAAGCGAUGUACAUGAAACUGAUAUCAAUUUAGAACAAGGCGAAAGUACAUCGUUCGACAACGAUGCGGAAUCUUCUUAGAAUGUUGGUCCACGUUCUAUACAAAAUAAUUUAUUUUUCGCGCAAACUUCACGAAACUAUGUAACAGAUUCAAGUCCUCGUAUAUCGUAAUGGUCGAAAAAUGAAAGGAAGCCUUUAUUUUAAAGUGACAUACGUAGUGAUAUAAAUUGAACAAUAAAGCUGUAUGCAUUAUUCUUGUUGAAUAUAAUACAAAUACCUUGUUCCUUU